AUGUCUUCCGAUGAUGUACCAUUGUGCCGAAGUCCAUUGCGAGGAAAGAUCACGUGUAUAUUGGGUCCGAUGUUCAGCGGAAAAACAACGGAGUUGUUACGGAUGCAUGAUCGUCAAAUAAUUGCUAAACGGAAGUGUGUUUUGGUGAAGUACGCGGGCGACACAAGAUAUGAUCCUGAGCUAGUCGCUACACAUGCAAAGACGACUGGUCAAGGAAUAACAGUAAAGGCUUAUAAGCUGUCCGAAGUGGAGGAGCAGAUUUUCGAUCCGAGCGUGCAAGUGGUUUCGAUCGAUGAAGGGCAGUUC